AUGAAUAUUUACUUGUUACUGCUGUGUUUUCUCCUGUGCGAGAGCCACUUGCAUCACGAAGGUAAUUCAGUAGUUCAGAGAGUUGAUGGCUGGUACAACAACUUUGCUCAUAUAAACUGGGGCGGAGCAGGUGAGCCCCUACUGCACAAUAUUACAACGGCAUAUACAGAUUUCACUUACCAAGCUCCCAACAAUGGACUCCCGAGUGCCAGAGAAAUCAGUAAUGCACUGUUCAGACAGAAUAUGUCUAUUAGCUCCGGGGGUUCAUACCAUAACAGAUCAGCACUCUUCGCGUUCUUUGGCCAACUGGUGGACUUUGAACUCACGGAUGUUGACGAAACGACCUGUCCAGUAGAACUCUUGUCCAUCCCUGUACCAAGGUGUGACCCGGAUUACGAUCCCACUUGUUCCGGGACGGUAUCUAUGCCUUAUGAAAGAGCAGCAUAUGAUAAAAAGAGUGGUCAGACCCCUAACUCCCCCCGUCAGCAGAUAAAUGCUGCCACAAGCUUCAUAGACGCAGGCUUUGUAUACGGAACCAAUACAGUACGGGCUUCAUUUCUUCGUAAAGAAAAAACAGCUUUUCUAGCAUCUGGUGAUAAAUGGCAAAAAUUUCCGGAAGACAAUGAUAUUGGAGUGCCGUACAAGGCAUAUCCAUCCGUUCAUCACAAGAUAGAUAACCCCCUGACACUAUGGAAGCUAGGUGAUAAACAUGUCCAUGAGAAUCCCGCCGUUCUCUCCCUUGGGGUGCUAUUUCAUAGAUGGCAUAACAUUCUAGCUUUAAAGUUUACUCGAGAAAACCAUGAAAACCUCGCACCUGCUGAUAUUUUUGCAAAAUCAAGAAAAUGGGUGAUUGCCACGUUACAGAAUAUCAUUGUCUAUGAGUGGUUACCGAAGCUUAUGAAAGCAAAGUUACCGCCAUAUGAAGGAUAUAAGGCUUCCACAGAACCGGGUAUAACCGCAGUGUUUGAUGCUGUGGCACUUCGAUAUCUUUUGACGUUGAUACCUGCGGCAAUUUAUCAGCGUGAAAUGGACAGCUGUGAUCAUAACGACACUGAUUUCGUCCGCAGUGCUCUGCGUCUCUGUAAUACCUACUUCGGAUCACAGAAUAUUCUUAAUGAACGUGAAGAUGGUGUAGAAGACACUCUACUCGGCCUUGCUAAUCAACUGUGUGAACGGGAGGACAUUAAAAUCAUAGAAGAUAUACAAAGUAAAUGGUUUGGACCCCUGCAUUUUUCACGUCAGGACCAUGUGGCGCAGACAAUUAUGAGAGGACGUGAUUACGGUCUACCGGACUACAACACCGUUCGAAAGGAGCUGGGACUGCAACAAAUAACGGAAUGGGGAGAUAUCAAUCCCGCACUCAAUAGCACAAAUCCCGAGGUGUUCGAGACAUUGAUGAAAUUAUAUGGCGACAUAAAUACCAUAGACCCCUUCGUUGGAGGUAUGUUAGAGACAACACUGGAUGGACCAGGUCCAAUGUUCACGUCCAUUCUCGUUGACCAGUUCACAAGGAUCAGGGACGGAGACCGCUUUUGGUUCGAGAAUAAGCAAUCAAAGCUAUUCAAACCAGAGGAAAUAGAGGAAAUCAGGAAAAUAACACUCUAUGAUGUCAUUGUGAAAUCAACAGAAAUAAACGAAGAUGACCUACAAAAGGACGUUUUCAAUGUGAAUGCGUCCGUCUGUCCUCCUGUGUUUGUCACUAUCGAUAUGAUAGAUGAGUGUAAAGGACAUCAAGGAUACGACUACUUUGCCGGGAGUGAAAUCAGUUUUAUCAUUAUUUGGUCAUGCUUCGGAUUAAUACCACUGAUAUGCGUGCUGUCAGCUUACAUUGCUGCUAGAUGUCGGACAUGGAGACACAGCAAGCACGUAAGACGUCAACAAAUGAGCAGACAGGCGAAAGAUGCCGAAUCAAAUUCGGAAGAAAUGCAGUCGUUUAAGGCCUUUGAGUGGCUGGGAGAAAAGUUGUCAACACGUCCCGUGAUUGUGAAACUCAAACAAAAAUGCACAGUAGAGUUGACGAACAGUCGCGGCACAAGACUCCGGACAUUAGGCCUCGGUCACUCUUCUGACGUAGAAAUCUACAAUAGUACAAACAAGGGGCGGACAACGUUGAUGAUUAAAGUUCCGAAAGAAUAUGACAUGUGUUUACAAUUUCAAACAUUCACACAGCGUAGUUUGUUCGAAAACGCUCUUUGCGCUCUUCUGGAGAAAGACAGUCGUCAAGCCAUCAUACACGAGGCCAAGAUUAAGCAUAUCCAUAUCAACACCUUCACCCAAGUCAAGAGGAACGCGGUGUUGGAGAAAUUCUUUAAAACUGUUUUCUCAGAGGCCUUCCAAAUGGAUUAUGAUCCAGACCUUGAAGACAGUGAGAGUGAAUCUACCCAGACAGCUGCAGAAAUAUUGGAAAUAGAAUUAUCAAAGGAAGAAUUUGCACACGCCCUUGGUAUCAAGCCAAGAUCUGAUUUUGUCGAAAACAUGUUCAGUUUGUUGGACUCUGACAGAAAUGGCUAUAUCUCCUACAGAGACUUUCUUACCGCAGUUGUCCUAUUUUCUAAAGGGUCCUGCCAAGAUAAAUUACAACUGGUAUUCCGUAUGUUUGACACCGACUCCUCUGGGUCCCUGGACAAAGCUGCGCUCAUCAAAAUGUUCAACUCACUGUUGGAGAUGGCAAAUAGCAACCUAGGAAAAGAAGAAGUCAUCAGUCUGGUCGAGUCGAUGUGCAGUCAAAAUGGUUUACAAGAACAAUCUAGCUUCAACUUCGACGACUUUUGUCAAAUUCUUUCUCCUCAGAUGGACAAAAUCUGGAAUGGAGGAUUAGAAUGGAAAGGGAGAAAAAACUGUUACCCAACACCCCAGGAUAUCCGUAAAAGCAUGGAUACGAGACGAAAAUCAGCCAUUGGUUUGGACACCCAUCGGAGGAGCAGUGGCAGUAUUGAUGAGGGCUUAACAAAGAAUUCCAGUAGCAACUCUCUUAUAGCCAACUUUCCGACAGAACUCCGAACACGCUUCGAGGCCACCAGGGAAAAAUACCAUCCAGUUAAAGCUAGGAUCAAGAACCUGAAACAUUUUAUAGAAAACAACAGGCAGAAUAUAUUCUUUCUUGUAUUGUUUUAUGGUAUAUGCUGGGGACUAUUUGCUGAAAGGUUUUAUUACUACACCGUUGAACGUGAACAUAGUGGUUUGAGAGCCCUGAUGAGUUAUGGAAUCAGCGUUACAAGAGGAGCAGCAGCAGGGAUGUCCUUUACGUUUAGUCUGUUGCUAUUGACCAUGUGUCGAAACAUGAUCACGUGGCUACGCGGAACUUUCCUCAAUUUGUAUGUUCCUUUUGACUCGCACGUGGCUUUCCACAAAGUCGUGGCAUGGACAGCACUGUUCUUCACGGGCCUCCAUGUAUUGGGCUACAGCUUCAAUUUCUACCAUCUUGCCACACAACCGACCGGACAUCUGUGUAUCUUUGAUUCCAUCGUCCUCAGAGCAGAUACCCAGUUGGGUUUCGUAUUCUGGAUGUUCGGAAAUAUGACAGGUUUUACUGGAGUAUUACUAGUCAUUCUCAUUUGUAUCAUAUACGUGUUUGCGACACAAACAGCCAGAAAACUUAUAUUCAACGGAUUCUGGUUGACCCACAAGUUAAUCGCUUUACUGUAUAUCCUGACUAUCAUUCACGGUUCAUCCCUCAUCGUCCAAAAACCUCUCUUCUAUGUGUAUUUCGUCUUACCUGCCAUCUUGUUUACAAUCGAUAAAGUCGUCAGUCUGAGUCGAAAGAAGACAGAGAUAACUGUAAUGAAGGCCGAGAAACUUGAUUCAGAUAUUACCUACCUGGAAUUCAAGCGACCGUCUAAGUUUGAGUACAAGUCAGGACAAUGGGUAAAGAUUGCUUGUCUGUCACAAGGCAGAAACGAGUAUCACCCCUUUACACUGACCUCAGCUCCACAUGAGGAUACCCUUUCCCUACACAUUAGGGCACUGGGACCCUGGACAUGGAAUGUACGGCAGACAUUUGAUCCAGAGAAUCUCAAAGACGGUCCUUAUCCGAAGCUGUACCUUGACGGGCCGUACGGGGCGGGCCAACAGGACUGGUACCAGUAUGACGUGUCUGUACUCGUUGGGGCAGGAAUUGGCGUCACGCCCUAUGCCUCUAUCCUCAAAGACUUUGUACACAUGGCUAUGAUGAGGAACACCUACAGAAUGAAAUGCCAGAAGCUUUACUUUGUGUGGAUAACUGCAAGCCAGCGACAUUUCGAGUGGCUCCUUGACAUAAUUCGAGAAGUGGAAGCGAUUGACAAGAAAGGCAUUGUUUCCAUAGAUAUAUUUAUCACCAAAUUCUUCCAGAACUUUGAUCUCAGGACGUCCAUGCUGUACAUUUGCGAAGAACAUUUCCAAAAGUUGUCUGGGGGCUGCAGUGUUUUUACCGGACUGAAGGCUAACACUCAUUUUGGAAGACCCAAGUUGAACGAGAUGUUUGAAGCUGUACAAAAAGCUCAUCCCUUGGUCCGGAAGGUGGGUGUAUUUAGCUGUGGGCCACCAGGUGUAACGAAGAGUGUAGAACAAGGUUGUAUUGAGGCCAGCAACGGAACAAAAGCCCAGUUUGAACAUCAUUUCGAGAACUUUUAA